GUUUGGCGAAAACAAUGGCAGAGUCGUCGUCCUCCAACAAACUGCAAAAACUAGAAACAAAAAUCCAAGACAGAAUCAGUGAUCUACCUGACUGUGUACUGACUCGCAUCCUAUCUUUCCUUCCAACCAAAAUCUCCGUUCAAACAAGCAUUUUAUCGAGCAGAUGGCAACACCUUUGGCAGCAUCUAUCGGUUCUCGAUUUCAAGGACGAUUCCCAUUAUUAUCACUACCACCAUUCUGAACGAUUCAAAAGCUUCGCUGUUAUGGUUAACGGCGUCCUCAACCUUCUCCGUAAUCCCCGCGGCAUUAAGAAGAUGACUCUGGAAUGUGCUUACGUCGUUUCACACGAUCAAUUUCGGAGAGUUUCAGUUGACACUUGGGUUCGUUCUGUCAUUGGUCCCUACCUUGAAGAACUCAACCUAACACUCAAUGAAGAUGAUCAAGGAUCCUAUUUCAAGCUCCCUCAAACCCUCUUCACUUCUCAUAAUCUCGUUUCACUCAGUCUUGCGGGUGGAAUUAGUGUAAGAGUGCUAAGCUCUACAACAGUUAGAUUGCCGUCACUAAAGAAAAUGAUAAUCAACAUUGGUUUAGUGGAAGUGCCUUCUCUGAAUGCACUUCUCUAUGGUUGCCCCAUCAUCGAAGUUCUGGAUCUUCACUUUCGUCCGGUAUGCUUCGACAAAGUUUGUGUCCCACCGUCCUUGAAAAGGCUGAGAAUUGGCACUAAGACUGACGUUGGAGCUUCCCUUGAGAUAGAUGCACCGGAUCUUGAGUGCCUUAUAGUUAGGAAAAUCACAUUCGGCAAUGUUUUCAGCAUGUACAACUUGCACAAUGUGGCGGCAGCUUAUCUUGAUGUCUUUGCACGGUCGACUGGUUCCGUCAUCUCGUUACAUGACCUCCUCAAUGCUCUCUCUGGGAUUAAACAUCUAAUGUUGAGUCGUUCAACAACCAAAUUGCUGCUUGGUGAACCACCUGAUCUACUUUUUGGAGAAUUUCGUUAUUUGAUUCAUCUAGACCUCAAGUUUCCCUGGUUUAACUCCAAUUCUCUCCUCAGCUUGCUUCAUAAAUGUCCUUUGCUUCAAGUUCUUAUAAUUCAAAACGUCAAGUUCAAGGAACAACGACCAAUUCUAGGAUGUGCUCCACAACCAAGUGUUCCUAAUUGUCUCGUAUCCCACCUGAAUUUUAUUCAGUUCAAAGGAUGUCAAGGAUAUGAAGAUGAAUUGUUUUUUAUUGAGUAUGUUUUGCAAAAUGGACUUGUUUUGGAGACGAUGAAUGUUGCUGAUAUUUCCUUGGAUCUACAGACGAAGUACGACCUUCUCAAAAGAUUAUUUAAUGUGCGAAAGGCUUGUGAAAUGUGUCAAUUUACAUUUGACACAGCUGUAUAUCCUAAGAAACAACUUUGCCUCUUGAAGUACCCCAAAUAAUGUUUGCUCGGAUCAUUUCGCCUUCACUACAGAGAGAUAAUGUUUGUUCGGAUUAUUUCGGCUUCUCUACAAAGAGGACGGUCGGAGCAAAACGUAUAAUAUGUAUUUUGCAUUUCAUUAGAUUCAAAAGUCUAUUGACAACUAGUUUAAUGUCAGGACAUAAUUAGUUUUUCUUUUUCGGUCUUCAUUCCUCUUCUUUACAAAAAAAAUAUAUAUAUACACAAACAAAACAUGAAGUCAAAUUGUUUAUACCAACAACAACAAUCAUGAAG